AUGGCUACCAAAAGAACUGUCCUCGUUACUGGAGCCAAUGGCUACAUUGCCGCUCGCACCGUCGAAGCCUUUCUCCAGGCUGGUCACUCCGUCAGGGGUACCGUCCGAUCACUUCGGUCUGCCACCGAGGUGAAGGAGGCACUUGCUCAGUAUGGAGACAAGCUCGAGUUUGCCGUGGUGCCCGACAUUACUGCGGAGGGUGCUUUUGAUGAAGCUAUCAAAGGAAUCGAUGCCGUGGCCCAUCUCGCCUCCCCCGUCUCGUUCGACUUGACCGACCCGGAACCCGUCAUCCACAGCGCCACGAACGGCACAAUCCGGGUCCUCGAGUCGGCGCUGAAAGAGCCCAAGGUCAAGGACUUUGUCCUCAUGUCGUCUGUGAUGGCCAUGCUGCAGCCGUACACCGAACCCCACACCUACACCGAGGCAGACUGGAAUGUCGCCGCCGAAGAGGCUGUGGUUAAACUCGGCAAAUCCACGCCCGGCCAUAUCAUCUAUGCUGCCAGCAAGGUUGCCGCCGAGAGGGCGUUCUGGAAGUUCCGUGAUGAGCACAAGCCCGGAUUCACCUUUACGGCCAUCAACCCUUGCUUCGUCACCGGCCCCCCCCUCAUAACCCCCGCCACCCCCUCCAAAAUCAGCAUGUCCAACGUCCUCAUCCCCGACGUCUUCUCCGGCAAGCCCCUCGCCUCAUCCGGCAUCCAAGCCUCCAGCGCCUACGUCGACAUCCGCGACAUCACCCGCCUCGUCGUCUUCGGCAUCGAGCACGGCGACAAGACCGACGGCGAGCGCUUCCUGGCCGCCGCUCACUGGGCGCCUGCGCAGUCGGUUGCGGAUAUCUUGAGGGAGGAGUACCCUGAGAGAAAGGGGAUUAUUGAGGAGGGUACGCCGGGGGAGGGGUAUUAUCCGGGGUAUAAGUUUCCGAGUGUGGGGGGGUUGGAUGGGACGAAAGCGGUUAGGGUUACGGGGGAGGAGUAUAUCCCGUGGAGGAAGACUGUAGUGGAUACGGCGGAGAGUUUGAAGUCGAUCCUUGUCUAG